AUGGCCUUCAGAAAGAGAAACGUCGCACUCGGACGGACGCCAUCAUCCAACCCGGCGAGCGAUGCAAUAUCGGACGUACCAGCUGCGGGUGUUCGCCCUUCGCCAUUAACUUCACAUCCCACCAUCUCGACUGGCACUUCCUCACUCGACGGUCUGCUGGGCGGCCAUGCAGGCCUCGCACUCGGCUCAAGUCUUCUGAUCGAAGAGAGCGGCACGACAGACUUCGCUGGCGCGCUGCUCAGAUACUACGCCGCCGAGGGGAUAUGUCAGGGCCAUGUUGUGCACGUCGUGGGCGUUGGCGAGGGAUGGGUGCGGGAGCUGCCGGGUGUGUCAGAGGAGAAGAGCCGCGACAAAGCACCGAAGCCUGCUGUCGAUGAAGAGAAGAUGAAGAUUGCGUGGAGAUAUGAGAGGCUUGGCCAAGCAGGAGAAAGAGGUACCAGAACUGAUGAGAAGCCUUUCUGCCACACUUUUGACCUCACCAAGCGCAUCACCCUCCCAGCAGAUGCCAAGGUCAACCACAUCCCAAUCUCUCCUUCUUCAACAUUCGAGAAGAUCUGCCAAUCGUUGGCGCAAAGUCUGUCAUCUUCAUCUCCAAACAGCAUACAUCGGCUAGUACUGCCAUCGAUACUCAGUCCCGCUCUCUACCCACCAGGCGCGAACCAACCAGAGAAUUUCCUUGGUUUCUUCCGCACACUCAGAUCGCUUCUUCGACAGCAUCCAACUCGUCUGACGGCGAUGAUCACCCUGCCUCUCGAGCUGUACCCUCGUAGCUCAGGCCUGGUUCGGUGGGCAGAGAUCUUGGCCGACGGCGUGAUCGAGCUCACACCCUUCCCACAUCUGAUGGACGCAAGCAACAGCCUUGCCGAAAGUGGCGGGGCCAGAGGCAACGAAGAGCAGCCUCAAGGCAUGGUGAAAUUCCACAAGCUUCCUAUCAACACCGAGCGUGGCGAAGACGGUGCCGGGGCAGGCAAUACGCUCGGAGAGGAUCUGGCAUUUACAGUCAGCCGGAGGAAAUUCGUCAUCAAGCCCUUCUCUCUACCGCCAAUGGAGGGCGAUCAAGAGGCUCAGAAGGAGGCUGGAAGACCUACUGCUAAAGAUGUAGAGUUCUGA